GAGAGGAGUGAACGAAGGAUCUCUGUGCCCCUCACCUAAGGUCUGAAAGUGCCUUCUGAAGACAAAAUGUUCCAGUAGAUCCCCAUCUGAGAACUACAGGUGUGUAAGGUGCAAAAGCUGGCAAACAUGUUUAAGAAGAAAGCUAAAGAAGAAAAACCGUCCCCAGUCCCUGACGCUCAACAAAAUGGGGAGCUGCCCAAUUCUGGUCCUAUCAUUUACUACAUCUAUGAAUCAGAGGAAGAGGAGGAAGAGGAAGAGGAGGAACCUCCCCCAGAGCCCCCAAGGCCAGUCAAUGACAAACCGCACAAGUUCAAGGAUCAUUACCUGAAAAAGCCAAAGUUCUGUGAUGUGUGCGCCAGGAUGAUUGUGUUAAACAACAAGUUUGGACUGAGAUGCAAAAACUGCAAAACCAACAUUCACCAUCACUGCCAGUCCUACGUGGAGUUCCAGAAAUGCUUUGGGAAGAUACCUCCCGGAUUUCGCCGUGCAUACAGCUCCCCGCUAUACAGCAACCAACAAAAUGCCUGUGUAAAGGAACUGAUGCCUUUCUCCGCUUCUAAUCGUACUGAUCCUGUGUUCGAUACCCUGAGGGUAGGGGUCAUUAUGGCAAAUAAAGAAAGAAAGAAAGGACAGGAUGACAAGAAGAAUCCAAUGCUUGAAGAGGAACCCGAGGAACUUCCACCAAAACCAGAAGAGAAACAGGAAGGAGACGUGCCUGACGGGGACAAGAAGGGUGAAAAAGGUGGACAGGAUGCUAAGAAUAAGAAGGCGCAGCCUGGGUUCAUGCAGUCCCAUUAUUUUGUCGCUUUGUAUCGCUUCAAAGCCCUGGAGAAGGAUGAUCUAGAUUUUCAAGCUGGGGAAAGAAUCACCGUAAUAGAUGACUCCAAUGAAGAAUGGUGGAGGGGUAAAGUUGGUGAGAAGGCAGGCUACUUCCCAGCUAACUUUAUUAUCCGGGUCCGAGCUGCAGAAAGAGUGUAUAAGGUGACCCGAUCUUUUGUAGGAAAUAGAGAAAUUGGACAAAUCACUCUGAAGAAAGACCAGAUUGUGGUGCAGAAAGGAGAUGAAGUCAAUGGAUACAUCAAAGUGUCCACAGGGAGGAAGGUAGGGCUAUUUCCCCUAGACUUUCUGCAAGAAAUCUGAAGAAGGAACAAGAUUAAGAGUAUCUGCCUGGGAACCCCGGAACAGCCCACACAGGAAGAACCUUCCCAAUGCUCCUGACUAAAGGACUAUCAUCAGUAUGAUCCUUCAUUCACACCACUGUGGAUACUGAAAUGAGAGUCUUUCAGAAAGCUGUGCUCAUUGCUCUGCUGACUCACUCAGCAUUGAUUUGGGAUAUUUACGUGUAAGUGAAAUUGACCAGACCAAAACCUCAGAGGGCCUGACCAAUAUUUCAACACCUACUGUAUUGUUGCCUCCAAAAUGAAAAGAUAAAAACCUGAAUUCCAUAAGGAGGGGGCAUUGUUACCCUUUUCUUACCUGUUGGUGUUCUGGUCCACUUGUAACACAGAAUCUGUUCAAAAGUUCUGUUCUGUUCUAAACCCAACAACAUUCACUUUAGCAAUGUGUUCACUAACAAGGGAGAAUUUCUUUUUUUUAGAUUUCCAGUUGUAAUGGUAUGAUUCUUCUGUAGAAAUCUCCAUGCGGCACAUAGAGCACCAUUUUAGAGACUUGAAUUUGUGUUUUUGUAAUUAUAUUUAGGGCUGCCUUUAUGUGCUUUUUGCAUUUCUGUUUCAGUACCUGCAGUGGGUAUACUAUUGGCUCCCACAGUUUGGUUAGUGACAGUAUUCAUGCCUCUGCCCUUAGUGCUAAAUGAAUGUCUGAUAGAGACAGUGUUCUUCAAAACCAAGUGGAAGUUAUAUGUGUAUAUGGCAUGUGACUAAAUCACAUUCUAAUAAGAAUACUAUACAUGGUAUUAGAUAAAAUGAUCUUCUUGACACUAGGGGCAGCACAGAGCUUCAAGCAGAUGGUAAUUACAGGUGACCCCAGAGGUGCUUUCUGCUUAAGUUACCAAGAGUAGCUUUGCAGACAAUACCAUAGAGUUUAAAAUGAUCAGAGACAUGUGGCUUGUUAAAGGCUACAAUCUCAAUAUUAAAUGAUCCCAUAGGAGGAUGGGGAUGGGAUUUAUAGAAAUAUACAUCUAUAUAUACAUUUAUACAAAUCAUGUAUCUUGCUCUAUGUCUACAUUCUCCGUCCCUUUCAAGAGGUGAUGCUUUACACCGCUGUGCUGCCUGCUUACUCAAAAGGGAAAUAUGUUGCCCAACACUGAGCAUUUCUGUGCUCUCUGUAUGUGACUGCUGCUCUGUGUGUUCUACAUAAUGUGCCCCAAGGUAGGACAAUGUGGCUUGCUUCUGUAAUAUGACAGCUCUGCUAAGAACCAUUAUUGUAUUACAGGUAUAAUAUCUAUUAUCCAGAAUGUUUGGGAUCUGGGGUUUUCCAGAUAAGGGAUCUUUCUGUAAUUUAGAUCACCAGGACUUAAGUCUGAAAAAAAUAAUGUUAACAUUAAGGAAACCCAACUGGAUGGUUUUGACACCAAUAUAGAUUCAUGCAGCUUAGUUGGGAUCAAGUACAAAGUACCAUUUUAUUAUUACAGAGAAAAAGGAAAUCACUUUUAAAAAUUUGAAUUUUUGGCUUAUAAUGGAGUCUAUGGAAGAUGGCCUUUACAUAACUCAGAACUUUCUGGAUAACAGGUUUCCAGAUAACAGAUCCUAUACCCGUAUAACAAAAUAUGUUUAUUGUUAUUUGUGUCACUCAUGCAUUCAGCAUUAUACAAGGCAGAGCCAUUUAAACAUCAUGAAUUGCUGCAAUUAACUGUUUACAUAAUGUUUUAUAUCAGAGUCAGGCUGUGCAAAGUGACAUCUUGUGACGACAGAAUAUAUGCUGUAAUUACACAGCUUUUGUGCUUC